GCAUUUUACUGCUUUCUAUAGUUUCUUUAUUCUUCGGCAAUGGGUUACUUUUACUCUUAUUCUGUAGUUAACCACAAUACAUCCUUCAGUCUGGCCGUGCGUCGUUUCAUGGACGCAAUUACAUGCGUUUGAAAUCCCGCGCAACGAUUUAAUAGCUCGUUAUAUUUCCUUCCAACUCUUGCACACGCAUCACUCUCCGACUUUCAAGGGAACCAACUUGCAAGACAUCAACAGAAAGAAUAAAAGAAAUGGCCGGUUUCAUGCGCUCCUUGAGGAACGGGCUGAUGAGGAACGGGCUGAAGCAGGACGCGAAGGAGAGGGGCAAGGCAAUAGACUGGGCGACUUAUCCAGACGAGCCACCAGCCUAUACCCCCACAGCAGAGACUCAGGAAACCAUUGCUGAUUCCUCACCCUACGCCUUUUUGAGUGAUUUCGAUACCAUCCUUCUCGUCGACGACAGCGGAAGCAUGAGUGGCUCAAGAUGGGCCGAGACCAGAGAAGCACUUUCAGCUAUAGCCCCAAUCUGCGCCGAGUAUGACGAAGAUGGCUUUGAUAUAUACUUCUUAAACCACAAAAAUUGGAGCAAUCCAACCGGAGCGUAUGCGAACAUCACAACAUCAGAGGCUGUUGGACAUAUCUUUUGUCGGGUUACGCCGAGCGGACGAACCCCGACCGGAGGCCGACUGCACGAUAUUCUCAAUCCGUACGUGGAUGAAGUCCGAUACAGGUCGGCAGGGGGUUCUAGGGGUGUGAGCAAGCCACCUGUUAAACCGAUUAACGUCAUCGUGAUCACGGACGGCAUCCCAACUGAUGAUGUGGAACCGGUGUUGAUCAGUGUAGCAAGGCGACUGGACGAAUGCAAUGCGAAGCCGUGGCAGGUGGGAAUUCAAUUUGUACAAGUUGGCAACGAUCGAUCUGCUGCAAGGUGGUUGGAGAGUCUUGAUGAUACCCUGCACAAAAACAACCAUGUACGGGACAUAGUUGAUACAGCGCCAUGGAGCGGUGCAGUGCUGUCAUCUAACACCAUUUUGAAGAUCAUGCUCGGGGGGGUGGACAGGAGAUACGACCGACAAACUGUUUCCAGAAGAAACGUUCUGCCUCUUAGUAGUCCCUGUGAGGCUCCGUCCACGCCGGAUAUAUCCCAGAUACACCAUAAAGCCGGUCAGCAAAAAAAACCUUUUGGCUUGCAGAGGGCAAGGGUACGGUAUAUUGAAGUUUUCGUGCCUGUCAAGGGACGGCGGAAUUCUCCAUCCCUGGGUGAUAAUAAUAUCGUCGUGGGAUCGCCGGCGCAAGAUUUUUGUACGAGCACUUAA